AUGAAUGAAACUAAAGCUUGGGAGGUGGAUACACUGCGAGGCCAUAUGAAUAACGUUUCAUCAGUCAUGUUCCAUGCAAAACAGGACAUAAUUGUAUCAAACUCCGAGGAUAAGAGCAUCCGUUUCACCCUGAGAUUGAAUUUGCUAGCAGCAGGGCAUGACAACGGUAUGAUCGUGUUCAAACUUGAGAGAGAACGUCCUGCGUUUGCUUUAAGUGGUGAUUCUUUGUUCUAUUGCAAGGAUAGAUUUUUGAGGUUUUACGAGUAUUCAACUCAAAAAGAUUCCCAAGUUAUCCCUAUUCGGCGUCCUGGACGCAAAGAGGGGACAGGUGGUUCUGCGGUAUUCAUUGCCCGUAACCGGUUUGCUGUUCUAGAGAAAAGCACCAGCCAAGUUCUAGUCAAGAAUCUAAAGAAUGAGAUGGUUAAAAAGAGUCCUCUGCCUAUUCCCACAGAUGCUAUCUUUUACGCUGGGACUGGAAAUUUGCUUUGUAGAUCUGAGGAUAAAGUGGUUAUAUUUGACCUUCAACAAAGGCUUGUUCUUGGUGAACUUCAGACACCGUUUGUUAGGUAUGUUGUUUGGUCUAACGAUAUGGAGAGCGUCGCUUUGCUCAGCAAACAUACUAUCAUUAUUGCGAGCAAAAAGCUGGUCCUACAGUGCACGCUUCAUGAGACAAUACGUGUGAAAAGUGGAGCUUGGGACGACAAUGGUGUCUUCAUUUACACGACUUUGAACCACAUCAAGUACUGUCUUCCUAAUGGGGAUAGUGGAAUCAUCCGAACCCUGGAUGUCCCUAUCUAUAUCACCAAGGCUAUGAUUGCUUACCUGCAGCAGAAAGGAUUCCCUGAAGUUGCUCUCCAUUUUGUCGAAGACGAGAGGAUCCGAUUCAACCUGGCUCUUGAAAGUGGCAACAUUGGUGUAGCUGUUGCAUCCGCGACGCAGAUUAACGAGAAAGACCUCUGGUACAGGCUUGGGGUGGAGGCUCUUCGCCAAGGCAAUUCUGGAAUUGUUGAGUUUGCAUACCAGCAGACAAAGAACUUUGAGAGGUUGUCAUUUCUGUAUCUCAUUACUGGCAAUUUGGACAAGCUUUCAAAGUUGAUGAAGAUUGCAGAAGUGAAGAACAACGUGAUGGGUCAGUUCCAUAAUGCUUUGUACCUAGGAGAUGUCAAAGAGCGUGUUAAAAUACUCGAGAAUGCUGGUCAUCUGCCUCUAGCUUAUAUCACAGCUUCGGUUCAUGGUUUGACUGACGUUGCUGAGCGUCUGGCGGCUGAGCUAGGAGACAACGUGCCCACUUUGCCUGAAGGGAAAACUCCAUCGCUUCUGAUGCCACCGUCUCCUGUCAUGUGUGGUGGUGAUUGGCCUCUUCUUAGAGUCUCAAAGGAAUAUUUGAAGGAGGACUUGAGAGUGCAGCCAGAGGAGGUGCUAGACAUCGAAUCCAUUUGGGAGAAGUUGAAAGAGGAAGAAGAAGAAAACGAUGGGGAAGGUGGAUGGGGACUUGAUGACUUGGAGCUCCCACCAGAGCUUGACACUCCUAAGGUCUCUGCUAACGCACGUUCAUCGGUCUUUGUCACACCUACUCAGGGUAUGCCCGUAAGUCAGAUCUGGAGCCAGAAAUCUUCCCUUGCUGCUGAGCAAGCUGCAGCGGGAAGCUUUGACACUGCAAUGCGUCUGCUCCACAGACAGCUUGGCAUAAAGAACUUUGCGCCUCUGAAACGAUGUUUCUUGAUCUGUUCAGUGGCAGCCAUAGCUAUCUGCGUGCUUUCUAGAAGAGAAGCUCAAAUCUGGCUACAAAGCCACAACAGUGGGAAAUUCACAGAGGCUCUCCGUCUCUUCCUCUCAAUCCUCCAGACCAUCCCUCUAGUGGUAGUCGAGUCAAGAAGAGAAGUCGACGAGGUUAAGGAUCUGGUCACUAUCGUUAAAGAAUACGUCCUGGGUCUUAAAAUGGAGCUUAAGAGAAGAGAGACGAAAGAUGAUCCUGUGAGGCAGCAGGAGCUCGCUGCUUACUUCACUCACUGUGAACUCCAAGCUCCUCACCUACGGCUCGCUGCUCAGUGCAAUGGGAGUCUGCUACAAGGCAAAGAACCUCGCCACUGCUGA